AAACAUUUCACAUUAUAUCAUAUACCUAGGUAGUCAGUAGGUACCUACUGCAAACAGAAGUAGUUCGUUGAUAUAUUUUAUGAGAGAACGUCACAUUAAAUAAUACAAAACAUGGGACGCUGGGCAUGUAUUACAUGUGCAUUACUAAUAUUUCACUUCUUAGCCAAAACUAAUGAAGCAACAGCCGAAAACAAUUUACCGUUCAUCAGUAAAAUUUACAAAUGCGUAAACGAUCAGUGUAUAAUAAGCGAAUUUCAAAAUGAAACUAAGGAAACCAAUGACGUCAAUGAAUCAAUGGACGUUUGCCGAUUAACCUGUGGCCAAUAUGGGUCACUUUGGCCGAGGCCGACUAUAAUGACUACAAUAAAAAAACCGGUGAUUAAAUUUGGACUUCACAAUGUCGUGUUUAACUUGUCAUCCGUGGCCGAUGAACUCGGAAAACAAUACAUGACUGAGGCGUCCCAAGUGUUAAUGUCGUCGUUAAAAACAAUUUGCAGUCCCCUGUGUAUUUCUAACGACAACAACCUGACUGUAUUCAUAACCACGACCACUCCUUUUACUAAUAUCAAGUGGUCGACGAACGAAAGUUAUGAAUUAAACAUUUCCACCAAUUCGGACCAAAUCACGGCAAACAUUACAGCGCGAACCGUGUACGGCGCUAGGAACGGAUUGGAAACAUUGCGACAGCUGAUAACGGCGUACGGCCGGCCUAAAUUUAACGGCAAGACACUGGUGAUGGCUGCAGAGGCGCAAAUAGUCGACGAGCCUGUGUACGCACACAGAGGAUUCAUGCUGGAUACAUCGAGGAAUUAUUUCCCAUUGUCGGCGAUCAGAAGAACGAUCGACGCUAUGGGUCAUUCCAAACUCAACGUAUUCCAUUGGCACGCCACAGACUCUCACAGUUUUCCAUUGGAUUUGCCUAGCGCUCCGCAAAUGGCGAGAUAUGGUGCAUAUAGUCCCGAAAAAAUAUACUCAUAUGAAGAAAUCAAAGAUCUUCUAAGGUAUGCAUUAGUUAGAGGAGUAAGAAUCAUUAUGGAAAUCGAUUCACCGGCACAUGCGGGUUACGGAUGGCAAUGGGGAAAAGAUGCAGGUUUUGGAAACAUGGUGAUUUGUCUGGGUAACCGUCCGUGGGAAGAUUAUUGUGUACAACCACCGUGUGGGCAACUUAAUCCACUAAACAAUCACACGUACACGUGGUUAGGUAAAAUUUAUAAAGAUUUGGUCAGCGUAUUUCCCAAAGGAGAAGCAUUCCACAUGGGUGGCGAUGAGGUUGCUGUGCGAUGUUGGAACACAACAGACGAAAUCGUUGAAUGGAUGCAGUCUAACAAUCGAAGCUUAGCUGAAAGCGCAUAUCUGGAUCUGUGGUCCGAAUUCCAUAAUAAAGCUUUAACUGUAUACGACAACGAAGUCGGUGAUUCAAAUUCGGACAUAAUUGUUUGGUCUAGUGGAUUGACUGAUCCAAGUAUCAUAGAGAAGCAUCUCGACAAAAAACGAUAUACCGUUGAAGUUUGGCAAGGAAAUACAGUUUCGGUUGAUUUAGCAAACUUAGGUUAUAAAGUAAUUGUGGCCGUAGAAGAUAUCUAUUACCUAGAUCACGGGUUGCGGCCACCAACUACUUACCAUUCAUGGAAGGUUAUUUACAACAACAAAUUGCCAAUGUCAAAUAAUUCUAAUCUCAUUUUAGGGGCAGAAACCUGCAUGUUUUCCGAAUUCGCUGAUGAUUUUAGUUUAGAUAUUAAAGUUUGGCCAAGAGCUGCAGCUUUAUCUGAAAGGUUAUGGGCGGAUCCGCCCACUAACGCUUUGGCGGCCGAGUACAGACUAUUGCAACACCGAGAACGACUUAUAUCAUUAGGAAUUAAACCGGAUAGAAUUACUCCAGAAUGGUGUAAUGAUCGUGAAGGCGAAUGUAUUAUUAGUUAUUGAUUUAUUCAAACAUAAAAAUAACGAAAUAAGCUAAAUUUUAUGGUAUUUUGGAUUUCAAAAUAUUUCAAUUGUAAUAGUUUCAAGUAUUUAAGAAUUAUGUGAUGAAUACUGUAUACAAUACUUUAGCUAUUAACUGUUGAACGUUCUGAGCAAAAAAAAUUUUCGAUCGCAUUUUUUCAUUAAUAUGUGACAUAACAUUUUUAACAUAUUACAAUCAUGAUUACUAAAAAUAUUGUAAAUAGUUAAAAAAAAAUUCUAAGAUAUAGUUAAAACACACAUUCACAGUUAGCUAUUUUUCUAUUCAAUGAAGAAGUAAAAAUCGACAAGAGUAAAUACUAAAUAUUUCUUAUUCAAGCGACUAGGUUGAUGAUUAUAACUACUACUGUAUUUUAAUUCCUCAUUUUCUAAGUAGUUAACAUUAUCUGUUUUCUAUAGAAAUUUGCUGCAGAGUAGAUGCAUUCACUCAUUUUUUUUAUGAUGACGGAUCACAGAGAGUGAUGACUCAUUAUUGAGUUUCUACUGUAAAUAUGAGAGUCUUGGUAAAAAAAAAAGUAAAAGCUGCCAUUGUUUUAUUCACAUUGUCAAUGAAGCUUUUCCAUACAAUAAAAAUACUUUAAAAAUA